UGUCAUAGCUGUGUCACAUUUUUCGGGAUCCCGAAGUUUGGCGGUACCCGACGCUGUUGGCGCCGGCCUGCAGCCGCCGGUCAACCAGCACGCAUGCGCUGGACGCUCGUCGAUCGCACCCCUCUGCAUAUUCAAGCACCCUUCGUUAUUCUUGGACGUCAAAAUGAUGACCGAAGACAACAGCAAGUCGGAGACGGUGCACCUGCAGCCCGUCGGCGAGGGCGCCGGGGAACCUUUCAAAGAGGGCACAGCUGACGACUAUGACCCGCACGAGCACCGACAACUCUCCAAGCCUACCAACAACUGGGAGACGUUGGUGCACCUGCUAAAAUGCAGUCUCGGAACCGGCAUCCUAGCGAUGCCACAAGCGUUCGCAAGGUCCGGGCUGAUUACGGGUAUCAUCGCCACCGUCGUCGUCGGAGUGCUGGUGACCCACUGCUUGCACGUGCUGGUGCGGUCCCAGUACGCGGCGUGCAAGCGGCUGCGCGUGCCCCUGCUCACCUACCCUCAGUCCAUGAGCGCUGCGCUGGAGGCUGGCCCGCCACCACUACGCCGCUUCUCAGCCUCCUUCGCCACAACGGUUGACAUCUUCCUUGUUGUGUACCAACUCGGCAUAUGCUGUGUUUACAUAGUCUUUAUUGCUGAUAAUAUAAAAAAGAUAGUCGACCCUUAUUAUACGAUGGCGGUGGAGUUCCACAUGUUAAUUAUUCUCGGCCCGCUGAUCGCCUUCAACCUGAUCCCGAGCCUGAAGCUGUUGGCACCGUUUUCGGCGCUGGCUAAUGUGCUGACGUUCGUUGGACUUGGCAUCGUGGUCUACUACUUGCUCGCCGAGGAGAAGAAGUCCAAUGAACCUCUGGACCUUUGGGGUUCCUUGGCAACUUUUCCGCUGUUCUUUGGUACCAUCCUGUUUGCGCUGACGGCUGUGGGGGUGGUGAUCGCGCUGGAGAACAACAUGGCUACCCCGAAGGCGUUCGGCACGCCGUGCGGGGUGCUCAACAGCGGCAUGACGAUCAUCGUGCUGCUGUACGUGGCGGUCGGUGCCAUCGGCUACGUGUUCUGCGUCUCAGACUGCAGUGACUCGAUCACGUUGGACCUACCACGAGGACCGCUGGCAUCGAGCGUGAUCGCGAUGUUCGCGGUGGCCAUCUUCAUUAGCUACGGGCUGCACUGCUACGUGCCGGUGGAGGUGGUGUGGCGCGGCUACCUGCUGCCACAUCUGCAGCGCUCAGGCGCGCCGCCCGCACGUCUGCGCCUCGCCGAGUACGGGCUGCGAGUGGCCCUCUGUCUGCUCACUUUCGUGCUGGCGGUGGCAGUGCCGCGGCUGGGGCUGUUCAUCUCGCUGUUCGGCGCGCUGUGCCUGUCGGCGCUGGGCAUCUGCUUCCCAGCGCUGAUGGAGAUGUGCGUGUCGUUCCCGGACAAGUUCGGUCCGGGCCGCGUGCGCCUACUGAAGGACGUGCUUCUGUUUAUCGUGGGCGUGGUGGGGCUGGUGGCCGGCACGUACACGGCUCUGCUCAGCAUCGUGCGCUCCUUCAUGCCGCCGGCCGACUCGCACGCCUAGCCGCCGCCCAGCUAGUGGCUGUAGCGGUUCUGCCCCGUUUCCGUUUCGCCCUCCACUAACACGCUUCGCUAAAGUAACUGUUCUUCUGUGAUUGCAACAUUCAAGUGUUCAAGGUCUCUGUGAUGCUCCGCUCGUAACGUAGGUUAAGUAAAGAUACGUCCGAUGUUAUUGCGCUCAACGACUGCACAUUGGUAAUCCGCAGGCUCCCGCCGCUGGUGAGCACUCCAUACUAACUUGCGCCGCGCGACUCGCGCUGCCCUAUUGGUACGCUGCACCUAUUGGUAGUAUACCUUCAUAGAAUACAUAGCAGAGUAUAAAUCUACAAACCGUUUCAAUAUUUAAUAAAGUUCAGAUUGUUAUUGUUUUGUAUAGCGAAUGUACCUGCUAUUAUUGUUUUUGUAAAAUAAAGUUUGUUACGGUUAAGCCGGUGUUUGUGUUGCCCUCACCACUCGCAGCAGCUCUAGCCGGAUACCUUAUAGGAGAGGAUAAUGAAAACUCGUGACGUGUGCAAGGUAAUUUAUCGACGAUUUAUUAGGUACAUAAAAGACCGACGGAGACAACGUGUCAGCAGGUU